CUCUGAAACUACUCAUUGAGAAGUAAAACAGAAUGUACGAGAACAUAACCUAUAAAGAUUGUUGAUAAUCGCAAAAAUUUGCUUAGAAAUUGUGUUUAUAUUUACGAACUGGAAAGGACGAUUUAUUCUAUAAUAAAAACGAGUUACAGAUAUGCCAAAAUAUUACUGUGAUUAUUGUGACACAUAUUUAACACAUGAUUCGCCCAGUGUACGAAAAACUCAUUGCCAAGGACGAAAACACAAAGAUAAUGUCAAAUUCUUUUAUCAAAAAUGGAUGGAGGAACAAGCUCAGCACUUAAUCGAUGCCACGACAGCAGCCUUCAAAGCUGGAAAAAUUGCAUCCAAUCCAUUUGCAGCAAAUAAAGGUGCAGCUAUACCUCCACCACCUAGUCUUGGGCCACGACCUGGAGUACCACCUCAGGGACCACCAGGUAUGAUGCCACCGCCUGGUAUGCAUCCUGGUGGUCCAAUGGGACCUGGUGGUCCCAUGAUGAUGGGUCCACACGGACCAAUGCCUUCGAUGAUGGGUAUGAGACCGCCAAUGAUGGGUCCUAUGGGACCAAUGGGCCCAAUGAUGGGACCGAUGGGCCCUAUGGGACCUAUGAGACCACCUAUGAACGGACCUCCACCACCUAUAGGUGGCCCACCGCCAAUGAAAAAAUAAAAUUCACAAAGUGUCUAUUAUAUUUUACAAGAAACAUAUCCUAAAAGAUACAUCGUAAACGGAACGAUGUUAUGGAUUGUAUGCUUGGUGUUUAUAUAUUUGACUUCGUACAAACUUUGGCAUAAAGGAAUCCAAGAAAUAUUGAUAAAAAUAUAUGACAUUUGGAUACAAUGUACAAUGUCUCUCAAUAAUAAAUAUUUCUCCAAUGUGAAUCUACAUAUGAUAUUUUAUGAACUGUAUAGUUAGCCAAUAAAUGAAUUCAAUGAUAA